AACGUGCUUACAUGGCAUUUGCAAGGGAAACAAAAGCCCGGCCUGCCAUGCUUAGCCGCGGCGAUUGCCGGUCCGGGCAUGGGCAGCGCUGAGGCUCCGUUGGACACAACCUAGAUGCCGCCGGCGGGCUUGGUCGCCGUCGAUGACGACCACUACUAUGAAAGAACAGAGGACGGCAGCCCCGCUGCGCCGGAUUCCGACGAGGCUGAGGCGAGCUCGUCCGCGAUGCCGCGGGUACUCACAAUGCUGUCAGUGGUGCUCGAACGGCUGGUGGCCAGGAACGACCAGGUGUGCUUGGACCUGGCUACUGCUGAGACCUCGAGACUAAGUGUGUUCCAUGGGGUGAAGGCUCCUAGCAUCAGCAUCUCCAAGUACCUGGAGAGAAUCUAUAGGUACACCAACUGCAGCCCUUCCUGCUUUGUGGUCGGCUAUAUCUUCAUUGAUAGGCUGGUGCACAGAAACCCGAGCUCGCCGGUCGUCUCCCUCAAUGUACACCGUCUGCUCGUGACUAGUAUCAUGGUGGCAACGAAGGUGCUCGAUGACGUGCACUACAAUAAUGCAUUUUAUGCUAGAGUUGGUGGUGUAAGCAAUGAAGAACUGAACCGGCUGGAACUGGAAUUGCUCUUUCUCCUUGACUUCAGUGUAAUGGUGACCUCUCGUGUUUUCGAGAGCUAUUGCCUGCAUCUGGAAAAGGAAAUGUUGUGGUAUUCAUCUGAAAGGAAAAUUGAAAAGUUGCCUCCAUUGUCCUUGGACAACGGGGAAGAGGCCAUUACAGAAGAGGAAUGAUUCUGUAAACUGUACAGAGAGGGCGUCAACUGUCAAAAGUGGGAUAGGCAAUCCGCUGCAGAUCUUAUGUAUGUCAGACUAGCUUGGUUUUCCAAUCUUAGCAACUGUUAAAUAUCGAAACACCGAGAAUUAAGCGCCACGGAUGCAAUCAUAACGUAAAUUAAGAUUUUGCUGCUCUAGCAACUUGGGCUAUCUUUUGAAUGUAGGUCCCAGCGUAUACAAUGCCUAUGCGAGAAAAAAGUUACAUUUCUCUCCUCCUUUAGCACUUUACAGUUUACUCUUUCUUUGUAUGAAAGCUUUCAUUUCGAACAAGUGUGAUGGCUUAACAUAGUAUUACUGUUCUGCUGGAGGUAUAGAGCACAUCAUGUAAACAGGGAACUGUAGCAAGUAGAAGCUAUGCUGGCGAACUUUGACAUUUUUCUUGUGUGUGUGUGUGUGUGUGUGUUUUAAAAAAAUUAGUGGAAGCUUAUUUCAGCAAUUUGGUUAUUUCAGAAAA